UUAGCAAAAAACAUAGAAAAAAAACACGUCCCGGGAAUAAAUUAAUCCAAUUGUGAAGAGGAUCCGUCCUACUACAGAAGUGAUAUCAAUUGGAAGACACUGCGUCCUGACAGAGAGGGCAUAGUCCUAUUCGAGGGAAAUCUCUAUAUUAUUUGGAUUUCAAGUUGCACUAUAUGCUUGGCCGCUCCAAACUCGGGUGGUGAUUUUAAUCGAGGAUGCAUAUUGGAGUAGGCCUAAAUGGGUUCACGGUCGGUCAAUUUGUCAAACAGCUUUUGCUGAAUGCUGGCAUGGUCAGUAAAGACUUAAUCCGCCGGCACACAAAUUAUUGUCAUAUGGUACAUUUUACAUAGUCUUCACAGUCUAUGUGCCGCAUCACAACAAAAAGAAUCACGCUACACAUUAGCAACUUCUUCGGUGGUUUACUACUGGUACCGCACUGCAAAGCAACGCACAAGUUGAAAAAAAAUCCAAUGCAUGGGAAACACUGCACGUAGUCCCACGUAUCGCAAAAUACUGUAGUCCGUCAGAUGAGUCGCAGCGGUGCCUUUGCCUUUCACUGAAAUGAAUGGGCUUUUGCUGGAACGCAUACAGGACUACCCACCCGGUGUGUACGAGGCGUUAUGAGAGGAGCGAGCAAUACUGCAUAUCUCAGCUGACAAAACGACUACUUGUACUGCCACAACUGUUCCACGAGACACACACAAGGAGCCUUUGACAGCUACUGAAGCGGACCCGAGUGGCAUAUCAAGCAGCGCCCUGCAGUAAUUGGGGCCAUACACCCGUGACAAAGGACAUAAUUUAGGGAGGAAAAAGGAUUACACUUUCCGGCUUUAAGGAAAAGAGGAUAGUAGCAACAGUCACCGCUAUCACCAAACAAAUGUGCCGCGGGUGUCACAAGCCAGAACUACGGAGUCCGCAUGAUAAUUGAUUUGCGCUUUGAUUUUGUGCUGUGUCGGUGAAAAAAAGGAGGGAAGGGAAAGGUGGUAAAAGAGCAUCAAAAAGGAGAAUUUCCGAUUCCAAGCAUGACGACCAGGAUAGUAUUCCUGCUCGUUUGGUCUGCAGCGUUUCUCGCUGAGCUGCAGUGCGCCUUGCAAAGGACCACCACAGGGCUUGCGUUACCCUCCGCGGGUCUCGGCAACAGCAGCAGCGGGGAUGCCAGCAGCAAGAAAGACUCCAACCAGACAUACAACUCCCGACUCAAGAGGAAAAACCUGGCCGUUGAUUUUGCAGUGCCCUCUCUGUUGCGCUACUACAUGGCCGAGUUGAUCAAACGCCCACUUAACGGACAUUGUCUGACUAUUAAUGGGUGCUAUAUGGUGCGCGCUAACUUAAGGAUGAACUGCAUGCCCUUACAAAAAACGGUUGCUACUUUUCUCGACCCAAAGUUGGCUGCAAUCGAUAGCAUGGCGGCAGAGAAUUCAACCAGUGCUGGUGGACAGUUCCCUUACCGCUACAAUCCGCUGCUGUCCAAAGUUCUGAAUUUGGGUUUGACGAAAGCCAGCCGAAAAUCAAAUCAAGUCGUGGUGGAAAUUGGGGAGGACGUGGUUAAAAUGGGUUGCGGUGGACUGACAGUCUACGAAGAAGACCCGGUAUUUUUCCUGGAAAUGGACCUGACAAGUAUUUUAGAAUGGUGGUUGGGCGCCGAAGGGGGCCGGCUAAGGGUCCGGCUUAUGCCAGAAAAGAAAGCACAGGUUCCUGGGAGAGAGGACAAGUACACCGCGGCGAUACGAGCAGCUGACCCCCGACUAUUUAUUCAUAUAGCCUCCCGAGGGGAGCCGCUGGCAGGUCGAUCCGGACUGGGCGUCCCCCGAGGUUACUGGAACUUCUCCUGGAUGGCCCAGGAUGAGCUGAACUCCCCCAAGGACAUGGCACCGACGUCAGAUAUCGGGUGCCCUGGAAAAAGGAAGUCAUGUGACCGCCCGUACCCCGAAUAUAACCCUUAUUUCACGUGGAGCGUGGUGGUGGCGGAAAACCCCUGGGAAGAGGGGAACGAGAGGAUGGAAAGGAAAGGAGGAAGUCCACAGGGCUGGGAGGAAGGUAUGAAUAAAGGUCAGUUUCUGUGGGUGAAUGACUCUGCAUUGGCCGGUCCCUGGGUCCUGAGCCCCUGGCUGUGGGGAGGUCGGGACCCCUGCGGGCUGGACAUGGCCGUGUUCCUGCACCCCCAGAAGAGCGGACGCUACACAGUGUGGCUCAUCGAGAGGGACAAACAUCCGCUAACCCUCCUGUCCACUGACACACUGCCGCGCAUCACAGGCUGGGCGGUGGUCCACCUCACCCUGGGAUCCCGCGGAACCACGCCCUUCCGGAUCCAGGCCAGUUACGACCGGCCGAUCAAGCAAGACGCCACCGCCACCAUCGACCCGGGCUUCACCACUACCAUCGAACCGGGCUUCACCACCAACUGCACAGUGGAUCCCUACCCAAUCCACAACAUCACCCUCCAGGGCCAGUACCACUGUAACCAGGGCCCAGGGGUCCCUCUUGGACAGCUGUGUGACUUCAAGACGGACUGCCCGCUCGGCGACGACGAAGGGGACAUGUGCCAUCAGUUUCUCAAUGGCAGCUAUUGCUCCUUCGAGGAUGGUGAGUGCGGAUGGCAGCCAAUUGCAGCCAAGGGAUCCUCCUGGAGGCGUGUUCGCACCCUUCCAAAGAAGGUGCGGCCUAGCUGUCCAUCAUCCUCAGGUGCCAUGUUCAGUGUGGAUGGAGGACAGUCUAAGGGUCAGCAGGGGUCAGCGUUGCUCAGGAGCCCUCUCUUCCCUCCUCCCCUACGGAACUCUCCAUGUGAGGUACGGUUCUGGAUGUGUUCCGGAGGUGGCCAGAGGUGGGCGCUAUCUUUGUGGCUGGUGGAGAACAGCACAGGACCAGAGGAGCAGCGCAGACUGUGGCACUCUGCCAGUGAGCUCAAGACCGAGAGAGGCUGGAGACUCAUUAUGCUUCCUCUCUACGGACUUGUUGACUGGUUCUGGCUCCAGUUCAGCGUUGACAAUGGACCUGGUCCAGGAUCAGCCAUUUGUCUGGAUAACAUCUCCUUCAGUAUGGACUGCUUCCUGGCCUCCAAUGGCGAAUUUCCUCCAACAGUAACUGGCAACACUAAACUGCCAAUGAAACCAACCAAUCAGAACAUCAAAACAACCACCCCGUCCAAUGGAAACUCAAGAACCUUGUCAGAACAUCCAACUCUGACUGCCUACACCAAAUGGGCCUUUCACACUUGUGGGGCAGUGGGUUCAGAGGGGCCCACCCCAACCCAGUGUAGCAGCUCAUAUCGGAACAGCAACAUCAACGUUACCGUGGCAACCGGCAGCCCAUUCAAAGGCAUCCAAAUCUGGAGGGUGCCGGAGACUGGCAGUUACAGGAUCACAGCUUGUGGGGCGGCUGGAGGUCGCAGUGUAUUGACCAUGGCCAAGUCACAUGGUGUCCAACUCACAGCAGACUUCCUGCUUCAGGAGGGCGAGUUGCUUCACAUCCUGGUGGGCCAAAAAGGAGAGGACGCCUGCCCCAAUACCAACGAGAUCCUAAACAAGAUCUGUGUGGAGCAGAUGCCAUUGGAAAACAAGACGCAGGUCAAAGGGGGCGGGGGCGGAGGAGGCGGAGGCGGAGCCACCUAUGUGUUCAAGGUGCAGAGCGGUGUCCACAUCCCCCUGAUCAUCGCAGGUGGGGGUGGGGGACGUGGGUACAGCAGCCAAUCGGACAGCCAGGAUGAGCUGAUGGACAACCCCAACGUACCAGGGCGCAACGGGAAGUCUGGAGCGGCAGGUGGAGGCGGAGGUUGGAAUGACAGUAACCCUGGGUCUCAGGGUGGGAGACCCCUCAUACUCGGAGGCCAGGGGGGGCAGCCCUGCAUUAAGUUCAGCUGGGAGACCCGAGGAGGUUUCGGGGGAGGGGGAGGUGCCUGUACAACCGGUGGUGGAGGAGGGGGCUAUAGAGGUGGCAACACCUCUGAAGCUAAUGACCCAAAGCAGGAUGGAGGUGACGGCUCCUCUUUCAUCAGCACAGAGGGAAAGACCUUCCUGGACCCUCUGAAAGGUAUGGAAAGUGAUGGAGAGGUGAUCAUCGGCCCCGUGCUAAACUGUAGCCACUGUGAGACGGGUGACUGUCACAAGAAUGAGGAGGGGACCAUGUGUUACUGUGACGUGGACUUUGUACUGGCCCGCGACGGAGUGUCUUGUAUCAACUCAUCAACAGAGGUGUCUACCCUGCCUCCCCAGCCCUCCCUGUCCCAGUUGGCCCUGGUUCUGUCUGUGGGGACUUCAGCCCUCAUUGCUGCCCUGCUGUUGGCUGUGUCUGGAGUCAUGAUCAUGUACAGGCGUAAGCAUACAGAGCUACAGUCCAUUCAGCUGGAGCUCCAGAGCCCGGACUGUAAACUGAGCAAGCUGAGGGCUUCAACCAUCAUGACCGACUACAACCCCAACUACUGCUUCGCUGGGAAGUCCGCCUCUGUCAACGACCUGAAGGAGGUGCCCCGACGCAACAUCUCCCUCACCAGGGGUCUAGGACAUGGUGCCUUCGGUGAGGUGUAUGAAGGGAUGGCAGCGGGGAUACCUGGAGAGCCCAGUCCCAUGCAAGUAGCAGUCAAGACACUCCCUGAGGUGUGCUCUGAGCAGGAUGAGCUUGACUUUGUCAUGGAGGCUCUCAUUAUCAGUAAAUUCAGCCACCUGAACAUAGUGCGGUGUAUAGGGGUGAGUCUACAGGACCUACCACGCUUCAUCCUAUUGGAAUUGAUGGCUGGAGGAGACCUCAAGAGUUUCCUGAGAGAGACGCGGCCCAGACUGGAGCACCCUUCUAGUCUAUCCAUGGAGGACCUGCUCAACGUGGCCAGAGACAUAGCACAGGGAUGCCAAUACCUGGAGGAGAACCAGUUUAUACACCGGGACAUUGCGGCCCGGAACUGCCUGCUGACCACCAAAGGACCGGGGAGAGUGGCCAAGAUCGGAGACUUUGGCAUGGCCAGGGACAUUUAUAGGUACUGCCAUCAUAAAAAGUCAUUAAACCCAGCUACUAUAAAGGCAUAUGUGGACUGGGGUGGUCUGGCGGUCUGGGCCGUUGCCUCUGGAGCACAUGAACGAUAUACCACUGCCAGCAUGAGUUGGAGUCUGGCCUGUUGCUACUUCAGCACCAUCUCUCCUAAGUUUCAACUCUAUCUUUUUUCAAACAUGACAAAAUACCAAAGGAGUGGGACUGCCCCACUCCUUUAAAAAAUAUAAUAAUUGUCACGCCUGCUCCCGUUCUCCCUCUCUGGCGCUCGAGGGCACCAGGCUGCCCUUCAUUACGCACACUUGUCCCCAUCAUUACGCUCAUCAGCGCUCAAUGGACUCACCUGGACUCCUUCACCUUGUUGAUUUCCCCAUCUAUAUCUGUCUGUUCCUCAGUUGGUUCCCCAUGUCACCCAAACUAUCUAGUUUAUAAUUCUGUUUAUUACUGCCUGUGUCUGUUGCUAGUGACACAGUCCAUUUCUUCUUCUGGGAAACAAAGUCGAUGACAAAUGAUUUUUUUACAAUCUGAGUGGGAUCCAUGGAUAUACAGUUUAGUUAGUAAUGCCUGCCAUGAUGGCACCAACCGUUUCUAAGCCAACUACUUUAUGUCUAGUCGUAGAAUGCCAAUUCUAUCUAUAAUGUCAAUUUGAAGAUUGCUGGGGGCAUUUCAUUUCAAAUUGAUGGCCUUUGGUGCAAAUGAUAAUGUCUCACAAACACAGGAAGGCUAGGAGGUUAAAAGUAGAAGCCACAUUUUGGUUGGACCUCAAAUAAAAUAAAAU